CAGCCGUGUUGGCCGGAGUGUGCUCGGAGUCGAUUCUCUCCCUCCCCCCUCUCGGGUUCGCGCGUGAGUGAGAUUUGAUCUGCGAGCAAAAUUGGAGCUCUCGCUUCUCUUUUAUUGGGAAAAAGCUGCCAAAUUUUCCUUUGAAAUUUUGAAAUUUUUUGAGUGAAAAUUUUCGAGAGCAUUUUUCGAGGUUAAAAGUGUUUAAAGGAAAAAUCGCACGCGAAUUGGCGGUGAUUGUGCCAAGUGAUUAGAUUAAAAUUUUAGGGUAUUGUGCGUUCUGUCACAAGUUUCUCACGAGCGUGCGCGCGGCGGUUGAAAAAGUGUGCAAGAAGAAGCGCAAAACAUCCGUGGCAUUUCAGCACUUGGAGAAGCCGCUUGCGCUGGCGAAGUUCGCAAGGCCGGUAGUACAUCGCGGCAGUGACAUUUUGCUCAUGGUAGCAGCUCACCGCUGAUGGGCAGUACGCAGCUGGAUCAAAAGCGACGUCAGGUUUGGAACUCCGGAGUGACGCCCUUCGAGAAAUAUAUUCCGUUUCACACCAAGUUCCCGCGGCUUGUGAUGUAACACUGAAGCCAGGCAGAAUUGAACGUAAAACAAAACCGAAUUACAACGACAAAAAAACAACAAAAAUUCCCACAAUCAUACCUCCAGCCAGUCCGCAAGCUAAAAGACAUUGCUGAGAUAUUUGGGCGAAGAUCGCAGCACUACCCCCGAAUAGUCGCUGGUCACGAGAAACCCUUAACACUAAAUGUCACCCCCUCUAAAAGAUUACAAAAUAAGUUAACGUAACACGUUAACGUUACGCUAAAGUUCACAAUUCGUUAGAGACGAUUUGUUUGCAAUCUUAACGCGGAAAAUUGGCAAGAAAACACAAACAAGAAAUCGGAGGCGAAAGAGGUCAACCAGCUAGAGGUCGAGAGGGAAAGCAGAGAAAGAAAAUUCAGAGCGUGGAGGCGAGGUGGAAGCAGAGCAGUUGCAGAAAAAAAAGGAAAAGUUGGAGCAGAGAAAAUUCAAACAAGCUCGCAGCAGGCAAGAGUGGAAACAUGAGCUUUAACACCACGGCGGCGACUGCGGCGACGGUUAUGCAGAUGUCUAGCGGCUGGGAGCUCCCUCCGUCCAGAGUUCGAACGCUAGACUCGUUGCCGUCCUUCGUCGGUAGUGGCGUCCGUGGCCAAAACCGCCCCGGAAGCCCCAGCAGCAGCAGCGAAACCAGCUCUCCGAACUCCAGCUUGCAGCACAUCCCAGCGUACAACUACUUCGACAGUCAGCAGCAGGCGCACUACCGGUUGUACUUGCAGCAAAAGUCCGGCAGUGGAAGUGGCAGUGGCAACAGUAGCGGCCAGAAGAACCACAAGAGAUCUUCCGGUGGGGACGUUCGCCAGUACCGCCACAAAAUGCUGGAACGGGCGGCGUACACCAACCGUAGCUUCAUGCACCACAACGAGUACGACUUGCAGCGAUCGGGGUUCGUCUUCGAGUCGUCCCACUAUGGGUUGGAGUACGGCGAGGAACGUCCCCGGAAGGCCGACCGGAGACGCCACAGUAUGCACCACAUCGCAAAGGACUCGACGACCGCGAAACCAUCCAAGAUGGACGAUCUGAAGCAUCGAUUCGAUGAGUACAGUUCGUCGGCAGCCGUCGAGAGAGGCGGUGGGGGAGGUCGUCGGCCGAGUCGACACGGCGGCGGUCAGUUUGUCGUGGGAGGUGCCAUCGCGGGAGGAGUUGCAAGACUUGGCCAUGCUGGAACGGGAGCAGGAAGCAGAAGUCUCGAGGUGUACGACAGUCAGUGGGUUCCGGUGGCGAUGACGACGGAAGGAACCAGACGACAGAAGGAGAGAGGAGUACCGACCAACGGUGGGCAAAGUGCCACCAAAACACCAAAACGUGGCUCGAGGUCAUCGCAGGGUUCGACGGACAGUAGUCACAGCUCGCAUAGCGCUUCGUCCGGCUCGCUACUGCUGACGGUAGCGAACUUGGAGAACUUUGCCAAGAUCCACAAGAAGCACGAGUCCAGCUACGGAACGAGCCGCGCCAUGGAGGAAUACCUGUCCUCGACAGUCGGGGUCGUCCCGACGGCGGCCAUCCUCGACGCCGUGGGCAGCAAGUACAACACCAACAUUGUCCUCAAGUCGGCCACCAACCCGGAACAUCCGGCGGGGACCAGCUCGGGGGCGGCCAUCAUCUCGAUCGAGGAGAUCACGUCCGACUCGCAGUCCCAGCAGCAGCAGGAUCCGAUGACCUUGGGCCGGACGACGGCAGGGCUGACGAAAGCAACCAAAGAUCCGGAUUCGGUGUCGAUGGCCAGUUCGACGCACUUUACCAUGAUCAACGGCGUCGGUGGCCCGCAGCGGCUGCCCAAGGGUGGCCUGUGCUCGCGCGGUCGCCAGAUUACGGUGCUGAUCGUGACGAUGAGUAUCGUGUUCAUGGUCGGGAUCUGCGCCGCGGUGUUCUUCCUUGAAAUGCGUGCCAGAGAAAUGCCCAGAUGAAAUCGGCAGCCCAAGGAAGUGCCACACCAACCAGUUUGUUGACAAAAACAACAGCAUCGAAUCCGGAGCAUCGCAAUAAAGGAUCCUCCUGAAACAAGAAGUAACAAAAUUUCGAACCCAGAAAAUGUGAAACGUCAAUCACGAGUAGCCAUAUUUGAAACCCCCUUACAUUUACUAGGAACUAGCUGUAAGAUGAAAAACCACGAAACUGCAACGGAGCAUUGCUCAGUAAUGUCUUACCUUAGAGAAGAAAAAACUUAAAGUUUUUAAGCCCUUUGAUUAGUUCGUAGCGCGAAACGUCUAAAUUCACACACACACACAGUUGAUUACCUUAUAUUUAUUGCAACUUUACAAACUACAAUCACUCGUGGCCUCCGCCCAUCUUUCAACUCUUGCACCCGAUGAUGCCCACGAUGAAGAGAUGAUUGAUGGGGUCGAGAUCGCGACGUUCACGAGGUAAUGAUUUCAUGCUCAUUCGUUCCCUGGAAAAUAACCCAGUGACGAACCCCCAAAACUCCUGUUUCUACUUUAUGUUUUUCCUCUUUGAAUAAGUCCACACAAUCUUCCUCAACUGAUAAACACACACUUCUCAACACUGAUACUAUACACUACACAUUAUUAUUUUCUGUGAUAUUUAUUAACUUAUUUAAAUUAUGACACUGUAAGUGGAAUAGUGAAAAUAAAACUAGAAAAAUUA